AUGUCAAGCCCCAAAACCGCAGUUCCCAAAGGCUCCUGGGUCCUCAUUACCGGUGCUACCGGUCAUAUAGCGGCGCACACAGUCAAACAAUUUCUCGAACGUGGAUACAAGGUCCGAGGAACGGUGCGAGAUCUCAAGAGCGCUGCAUGGCUCACCCAGGAUGUUUUCAAGUCUUUCGCGGACCGUGGCGAACUCGAGCUCGUACACGUCCCCGACCUCGGCGCCCAACAUGCCUUUGACGAAGCGAUCAAGGGGGUCUCGGCCAUCGCCCACAUCGCUUCGAUCCUCACCUUCUCCGAUAAUGCCCAAGAGGUCAUUCCCCCGGUCGUCAGCAGCGUGAUCUCAAUCCUGAAUGCCGCGGCUCGCGAGCCAUCGGUGAAGUCGAUCGUCUAUACCAGCUCCAUAGCCGCCGCAGUUGAUCUGAGUCCGGGAAUUACUGCCCACGCGGGGCCGGACGCAUGGAAUGAGGAGGCAGUCAAAGCUGCCUGGGCUCCGCCUCCGCACGCCCCCAAUCAUUGGCACAUGGUCUACCAGGCUAGCAAGGUCGAGGCGGAGAAGGCAUUAUGGGCCUUUGUCGAAAAGAACAAUCCUCACUAUACCGUCAAUGUUGUCAGCCCCUCAACAGUAUUGGGCGAAGCUCUUUUCCAGAAACAUUUGUUGUCUCCCUACCCGUGGGUAAAAAACCUCUAUGAUGGAAACGAAGAGGUUGGGGCUUUGUUUCAGGCCAUCAUCCACAUUGACGUGAAAGAUGUUGCUCUCCUGCACGUUGCGGUGGUACUAGAUCCCGAUUGCAACGGCGCGCGACUGCAAGCCUGGGGCGAAUAUUGCAACAUGAACGACAUACUUGCCAUCUUGCGAAGGCUCCGUCCGCGGACAAAGUUCAUGGAAGACUUCCCGAACCAGACCAAACUUGAGGUCACAGCCGAUUACGACCAACAGCUUAGAUUGCUUCACAAAUGGGGAGGUCAAGAUGGAUGGACUUCGCUAGAGCAGAGCGUCGUUGAAGAGAUGGAGUGUGUCCUCAAGUGGUUCCCUGAGCAUUGA